AUGCAACUUUCCUUCACUGCUGCUUUCCUGUGGCUAGUUUUCAUAGUCAGUGCCGUGGCCUACUCCAUUGAGUCAGGUCUGGUAUCAGUGAAUGGCAACAAGGCGUUUGAUAUCGUUCCGGACUCGGAGGAUGUCCAUAGAGUCGUUCUCGAGUCAGUGAGAGAAAAGGUGGCUCUUAGCGUGGUGCUCAAGGGCAACGUGGCUGAAAAACCUCAUCAAUUGAAUUUUGUGUUUACAGACAACAACGGUUUGGACUAUGCCACGUACCCUCUGUUUGACACGACCAAGAAGACUGCCACCUCUCUGAUUCUCGUCAACAAGAUCCCACCAGCGUUGCUUUCUCAGGAAAGAGUGUUCGUUUAUAUUAUUGCAGCUGACGCCAGCCAAAAGAAGGGACAGAACUUAUACACUUUGCUUGCGGAGCUUGUUCCAAGUGAAUCGUUGAGAGCGUCCGUCAACUACAAAAAACCAUUGAGAUUGGGUGCAUUGCCAGAGAUCCACCACCAGUUCAACGAGGACCCUCAGACCGUCAAACCGAUUGUCCCUCUCAUUUUCAGUGCCAUUGCUGUUGCGCUUUUCUUCGUUUUGAUUGGAAGCUGGUUCACGCUAGUUGGCAAGUCCUUGUUUGUGGCCAACGAGGGUAUCCCAUUCAAAGGCGGUUUCCUUACCACCAUAGCCUUGAUUGAGUUCACCUUUGUGAAAUAUUACUUGGGUGCCACAAUCUUCACCACGAUCUUUUACACUGCCAUUCUUGCUGGCCCUGCUCUCGUGUUUGGCUCCAAGGCCUUGAAGGCCCUAACUAAGCAACGCACAGUGAUUGAGGCCUCCACGUAA